AUGGCCCCAGUCGCUACCGCAGACAACGCUUCUUCCAACGGCUCCGCGCUCAAGGGGCUCGCGGCGGCGAAGGUCUUCAACCCCUUCUACUCGCCCUCCGCCGGCGACGAGAACGACAAGGACUACAAGUAUGCCAACUACAAGCCGUACUUUCCCGACUUGAAAUGGGAACCUCUCGGCGAGCAGGCCGUCACCGACCGCGGCCUAUUCGCCGAUUCAGACAAGAAGGCCCUCUUUUCUGCCGCCGCAAAGGUGCAGCACCUGACGCCCGCAAUCGGGACAGAGAUUACGGGCCUCGAUCUGAGACAGCUCUCGAACACCCAAAAGGACGAACUGGCCCUGCUCGUUGCGGAGCGGGGCGUUGUUUUCUUCCGCGACCAAGAGAUCAGCAUCCACGAGCAGCUCGAGCUGGCCCGCCACUUCGGGCCGCUGCACAAGCACGCAACGACGCCUGUUCCCCGCGAGCCUGGGCUCGAGGAAGUGCACGUCGUCUACAACGAUUCGUCGCGCCGGCCGGACUCGACCACGUUCUCGAAGCUCGAGCUGUGGCAUUCGGAUGUGUCAUACGAGAUCCAGCCGCCGAGCACGACCUCGCUCAAGGUGAUCACCGGGCCCCCGUACGGCGGCGACACGCUCUGGAGCUCCGGCUACGCGCUGUACUCCUCGUUCAGCCCGGGAUUCCAGAAGUACCUCGAGGGCCUCUCGGCCGUGCACAGCGCGGUUGCGCAGGCGGACGGGUCGCGCGCGGCCGGGUUCACCGUGCGGCGCGAGCCCAUCGAGACCGUGCACCCGGUCGUGCGCGUGCACCCCGCGACGGGGUGGAAGAGCGUCUACGUCAACCCGGGCUUCACGCGCCGCAUUGUCGGGCUGCCCAAGGCCGAGAGCGACGCGGUGCUCGAUCUGCUCUUCCGCCAGAUCAGCGAGAACCCGGACUUUCAGGGUGCGUCCUCCCCGUUCCUCCGCCGUCAUCCGCCGGCCCUAUCUCCGCCUCUGCCUCCGCCUCCGCCUCCGCCCCCGCCGGCCGAGCGGCCGGCCUCCCCACGCGCACCCGGUGCUGACUCGCUCACACAGGUCGUCACACACUCUGCGACGUUCGACUUUUGGCCGCACACGCGGCACGCGCUGCGGGCGACGCCGCACGGGGAGCGGCCGACGUCUGUGGCGGCGUACGAGCAGGGCGGGAAGGCGGCAAAGGACCGGCAGGUGGAAAUCUGGGCGCGGGAAGGAUUGGAGGUGCAGCAGGGGGCGAGCGGGGUGGGGAAGGUGCGCGGGUACAACGACUGA